AUGGCCACACCGUUGCCGGUCACAACGGUAUCUGCCUUCUUCGUGGCACCUACCGCUACAGCACCAACAAUGGCAACAAUGGCACCAUCCUCACUAAGUGAUGACGAUAUGCUCAUGGGUGAGAUCCUUAUGUCGCUCAAGCGGGAUAGCCCUGCGCCCACGAAGACUCAGCUCGUCAAACUCGAGCCGCUGCAGCCCAGCUACCGUAGUAAGAUGACUGGUCUGAGUGUGGAAGUAUCACUUCCCUCUACGUCUCCCUCUGGUGCCGACAGCCCCGCCGACAUCUUCAGCUUCGACGCCUUCAGUCAUGUGAGCCCAAUGGCCUACAAAUUACCGCUGUAUCCUGCACCUCCCUCCGCUGUUGCGCCAGCUCCGUCUCCUUCACAGUCAAUCGCAGUCACACCCCGUGGCGGCAGCAAACGCUAUGGCCCAGUGGUGCAGCUCGAGGAUUUGAGAGAGUGCUUUAACAUGCCUAUUGCCGCCGUCGCGCGCAAGUUCGGCAUCUGUGCCACCUUACUCAAGAAGAUCUGUCGUCGUUACGGUAUCCAACGCUGGCCGCAUCGCCAGAUCCGCAGCCUGCAGAAGAGCAUUGACAUGCUGCGCGAGUCGUUGAGUGUGGCAAAGGGCACCAACAAAGAGUACAUUGCCAAAAAGAUCGCUGCCUUCGAGUAUACGCUCGAGUGCAUCAUGCAAGACCCCAACACGGCGGCUAAGGGCAUUUCGGCUGGGCGAUUGGCCUCCCCCGCUACCGAAGAGAUGGUCAAGCGGGGCAACCGUGCCAGGAAUCGCAGGAAAGCAGCGGCAUCCUCUACGGUGCAAGCCGCUCUGUCCGACGAAGAGGCUUCGAGUGGGACUGCUGCUUCGCCCGAAGUCUCGCCGCCGGUGCAACAAGAUUGGAUUGCUGAGCCUGGGCAGUCCACUCAGCGUCUCAGUACUCGCCGGGCCAGUGUGCCAAUGUCUCUUCAGUCCAUUCUGUGCUGA